AUGAUGGCCGUGACGGCCGGGACGGCGACCGCCGCAACGGCCGCGGCGACCCGCGGGACCGGCGGGACCGGCGUGGCCGGGACCGGAGCCGGGACCGGCGCGACCGGAGGCGUAGCAGAUCAUAGCAGGGAUGCAAUGGGAUGCAAGGGGAUGCAAGAUAUCUUGGACGCGCCGCUCAUGCUCUCGGUCCUCGCGAUCAAGGUCGCGGCGCUCGCAGAGGACCGACUCCGAUGUAAGAAGCUGUCUGACAUUCAAAGGUCACCGCCUCGGGCAAAGCGCCCUUUAAAGACGAACUUCAGCAGCACGCCAUUAGCGCCGACGGGGCCUUCACUGCCUCAGGAUCUCAUCAAGGACCUGAAGGCAGACGAGUCCAGCCCCACGCUUGCUCAUGGACCUCAAGGUGCUGGUGCUGGUAUUGGCAGCGCGCCAAUUGCCACCCCAGCCACCCCAGCCGCAGCAAGCCCCACAGGGCCCGUAGUGCCUGUGCGGCCUGCUGGGCCACUGAACUUGGCAGAGGCAGCCGCCAAAGCUGCGGCGGCCCUCAUGGCCAAGGAAGCACCUGUCAGCCCAGGCGCGAGCCCGGGUGUGAGCCUGGGCUCAAACCCAGUGGUGCCCAGGCCCUUUGCUCUUCAGGAGCUUAAGGUGAGCUUCGAGGUCGGCUCGGAUGUCCAGGUGCUGAGCCAGGGUCAGUGGAAGAUUGGCACUGUGCUGGCAGAGACGGCUUCGGGGUUCCUGGUGCUCACGGAUGCAGAGCAGCUAGAAGUCUCAGCAGCUUCUGUGCGGCGGCCCAUGAAAGCCCUCCAGCCUGGGUCGGGCACCGGGCCUUUGGGCUUGGCGCGGGGUCCUCUCAACACAUUCACCCGAUCUGUCGGGCCUCGCCCCUCUGUUUCUGCCAUAAGGCCGUCUUUUGACAUGGCCCAGACCAUCCGCCCGAAAGCGCCCCUGCGGCUGGCACCGCGGCUGUCCUGA